UAGGCUGGAGGAUUGUGGCUAGACACCGUGUACCGUUGAAAAGCUUUGCGAAUGCUAGCAGCGACUAGAGCAAUCGUGAGUAGGCGCCUUCAGUCCACAAAAGCACUUCUGGGUUGUGGAAGUAAUGUUAUAGACAAGUUCUUCAAAGUAGAAGCUCUUCCCAAACCUGGAGAAAAAGGAUAUUUCGCGAGUUCAGAGCGAAUUCUGGAACGAAGUUUAGUGGGAGGCGUGACUCUUAAUCAUCUGGCGUGGGCUGCUUUGCUGGGAGUUCCAGCAAGUUUGUUGGCUUUACAAGGAGAUGAUCAAUCAGGCAGAUUUAUAAGAUCUGCUCUCUCACAGCAAUAUCAUGUGGAUACCAGCUUCAUCAAAGUUAGCAAAGACUACACUACAUCAGAGUGUUUUGUUUUCAUACAACGGGAUGGAGAGCGUUCCAUUAUCAUGGCACCUGCUGCCACGUCCCUCAUAGAUGGAGCUGCCAUAGAUCAGUACUUUGCUGAUGCUGUCCGAGAUCAUGCUUUGAUGGUAUCAUCUGAAAUAUCUCAAGUUCCUCACUCUGGGGUGCUGAAAUUACUGCAAACUGCGAAGCGGUUUGGUAUUACAUCAGUACUGGAUUUAGAUGUGUCUCCAAGUGUAGCUGUUAACCAGGCAAAACUUGGCAGUAUGGAAGAUUUGCUAAGUUGUGUUCACACCGCUGAUAUUCUUAAACCAGCGAGACAUGCAGCUGAGGAGCUGUACGUUCAUCUGCAAUCUAGUAGCUCCAUUGAGCAAGUCAGGUCCAUGUCAUCGACAGAAUUAGUAGAUAGAAUAAGGCAGCUGUGUAAAUCUCAGAUGGUGGCAAUGACUGCAGGAAGUGAAGGUUGUGCCAUUUCCACGCAGCAACAUCUUGUUCAGGUUCCUGUUGUUCCAUUGGAUACAGUGGUUGACGCCACUGGAGCAGGAGACGCUUUCCUUGGGGGUCUUCUUGCCGGUCUGUAUCACAGAGGGUUUCCGCAAACCAAGGAAGACUUGACUGAGCUGGGGCGUGCUGCCAACCUGACCGGUUCAAUUUGUUGUCAGAUUCUUGGGGCCGUUCCGGAUGAUUUUGCAAGGAAAGAACUUAAAGGAGAAAUAAACAAAGUUUCGUCAUGCUCACCUACUGUAGGGAUGCAGCCAAACAUUGAAGAAUUCGAAAAAAGUUUGGAGACCGAUGGGCUGGCUGCUUCUCAGCUAGUUGGCUAUACGGAUAGUCAAUCAGUGGAUGCCUUCGUUGAUAUUUUAUUUCAAUGCCAAGGAAAUGUGGUAUUAUCGGGACUCGGCAAGUCUGGUAUUGUAGGCCAGAGAAUGGCGUCUUCUCUGGCUUCAACAGGAACUCCAGCACAUUUUGUAAUUGCGUCGGAAUGGGCACAUGGAGAUUAUGGGAAGGUACGCCGAAAUGCAGACGUAGUCGUUUUUGUGUCUCACAGCGGUAGAACAACCGAAUGUUGCGAAGCUGCUCGGUACCUUGUAUCUCUCGGAAUCUCCGUCUUGUCAAUCGUUGGAAGCAAAGAUUCUCCACUGGCUCUCGAGUCAGAUAAAUGUAUUUCGUACGAUUUGACGGUAUCCGAACCUUUGGGUGGUGUUCCAACUUCUUCCAUUGUACUUCAAGAAAUGCUUGCCAACGCCGUCAUUCGAGAAUUGCUAAAGCGUCGGAAGUUCAGCAAGGAAGAUUUCGGUCGCUUUCAUCCCGGCGGUUCACUGGGGACGAAGUUUCACAGCAUGUGACUUUCGUGCGUGCGCUAAUUAGUGC